CUGAUAACGGGUGACGUAGGCAGUAGAGUUGAUUAGGUGAAGUUUUCAACGACGUGGUUGCUGUUGACUUAUGAUCGUCAGCGAUCCACAUGUGACCGUCUCAUCUUUUAUUCAGAUAUACUAGCUUCAGGACUACAUUUACCUAUCUAUUAUUUCUCCUUCUUUUGGGAUGGUGGCGUGAAUUGCGAAAACUUUGACUGCUAUUUCUAGCAAGUUGAGUGACCGCAUAAAGCCUCCCACCUCUUUGGAUCAUUUGGGAUUCGUGACGUGGUAUAUUGUUAAGUGUUAAGAUAAGGUGGAAGUUUCUUUCAUUUUAAAGUAAAGGAUAUUUUUUAUGAGUAUUUUGCUGUUUUCUUCUGCCCAAUACAGUAGAAAGAAAUAAGUUAAAAUGAGUCAGCUCCAAAUAGCACGAGAUAUUUGGCGCCCGUAAGAUGGGAGACAACUCUAAAGCUACUUAACACCGGUUGUUUCUCAGAACUUGAUAAACACGCAUUUGUAAACAUGCUUCGAAAUUGUGUGAAAACAUUGUUGGGUUUGAAUUAUAAAACGGCCACUCAACGUCUUAUCUCUUCCAGUUCGGUGAGCAGUGCUGUGAAAAUUUAUACCAAAACUGGAGACAAAGGCAAGUCCUCAACAUUUACAGGAGAAAGGAGAUUCAAGGAUGACCUGAUAUUUGAUGCUCUUGGUUCAACAGAUGAACUCUCAUCUGCUAUUGGGUUUGCUGCUGAACUAUGUAAAGAGAAAGGUCAUACAAUGGAUAACAGAUUUCAAACUCCGGGUAUAGAGUUUGUUGAUGGAAACAUAGCAGCUACAGGUCAAGGAAGUACACAGAAGCUUCCUCACAGCCAUUGUACGUUUAGCUCAGGUGUGUUGCCGAAUUUUGGAAAGAAUAUAAGUGUGCCCCAAGUGGAAAAAGAAAGAACCUGUUUCAACGACCAACAUGUGAAAGAUCUUGAAACGUGGAUUGACGAAUAUACUGCUGAGUUACCUCCCCUCAAGAAUUUCAUUCUCCCGUCUGGUGGUAAAACAGCUGCCUCUCUCCACAUGGCCAGAUCUAUUUGUCGAAGAGCUGAGCGAACUGUUGCACCACUUGUAAGGGACAACGAGAUGGAUCCUUCUGCUCUUCAGUAUUUAAACAGACUUAGUGAUUUCCUGUUCACCGUUGCCAGGUACACCUGUAUGAAAGAGGGAGGAGAAGAGACCAUUUACAAAAGGCCUGUUUCGUGACACUUACACCAUACUGCACUGCACUUGAAUUGUGCAGUGCAUUGUUUCAAGACAGAUGCACCAUGUGCUGCUACAAAAUUAUUUCUUCUGGUGCAUCACAGAGUUUAUCUAUUUUAUUUUUCUCUUCAUCUGUUUGGCAAUGCUGUACACAUCCUUGACAACUAUGUCAAAUAUUAGGUUUGUUUCAAAGGUUGACCCUCUCUCCAUGACCAUCACUUUGAGUCAAUUUAUGAAUUAAUAUAGAAAAAAAAACAACAAUAAAAAGACAAUCCACUAAAUUUUCUGCUAUCAUUUACCAUCAUUUUGAAGCAAUAUAUGAAUAAAAAAAAACACUAAAUUUCCUGCUGGAAAUCUAGAUAUAGGAUUCCCUGAAGCCAAAUCUUUGUUGAUUUGACAGUGGUAGUGAUGAAGAUAAUAAUAAUAAUAAUAAUAAUAAUAAUAAUAAUAAUAAUAAUAAUAAUAAUAAUAAUAAUAUGUCCUGAUGCAGUACCAGGCAGUGGCUCUCAUGGCUUCUGAUCUCAACUGAUUUGAAGUGUUAUGUACAUUGUUUUGUCUUGGUAUAAAAGAUGGGCUACAGCAAACAUUCUGCUCAAUACCACAGAUUUGCUUGCCAGUUGUUUGACCAUAACCAUUUGAGUAUGUCCCUUGGUGGCUGAUGAUAUAUGCAUCUCUGAUCACAAGCAGAAGUAGUGGGGGAACAUUGUAGCCAUGUAUGUGAGAGGAGUUCUUUGGGGUUUGGAUAAUUCAUGUCUGGAAACAGGGGUGUUUCGUUCAACAUCCUGAAACAACCCUUAUACAGGGACCUUUUGAACAGAAUGGGCUACUCGACCUGAUGAAAAUUCUAUCUGGGCCCCACCUUCGAGGCCAUGCACUGUUUAUCUUGAUAUGAGAUCACCAUGUCGUGCACAUAUGAUUGUGAUGCAUGUGCCUGGUAUACCCUUAUCAGAUGGGUUGUCAUGAUGGGUAUACUAGGCUUUGUAUAUUUUACCCCUGUUUCACUUUGAUGGCAUGCACUGCUCUCUCACUCAAUAAUAAUAAUAAUAAUAAUGAGGAGGUAGAGGGAUUAUGUUGAUGGUAUUAAUGGUGGUGAUUAUGAUAACAAUGACAGUGAUGGUGAUGACAAGGAUGGCAAUGAUGAUGAGGAGGAACAAAGUAGGAGUAGUAGAAGGAGGGAGAUGAGGAUGAAGAGGAUUGUGAUAAUUCCCCACUUAGGCACAAGGCUACAAAUCCUUACAAAGGAUACAGCUUGAGUAAAUUGACCCCUGCACUUCAGUGGGUAUUUUAUUCUGUAGAACCUCCCAUAUGGAAAAUAAAAAUUAUGUUAACCCCCUCACUCUGAAAUUAAAUUUAAUGGCUAUUUCAGAUGUUAAAUAUCUUCCAAAAAAUAGAAUUGCUAUUUCCUGCAAGUCACAUUGCCUCAAUAAAUCUGACAAAUCUCAUCAGAAAAUAGUUUCAGACAUGACAUUCUUCAACGAAAGAUGGAUUGAUAUAUAAAACAGCUUUCUGCUGUUAAGGGUAAUGACAUUUUGAGUGCAUAUAUCUGUCCGAUUUCUGUAGUAAAAGGGUUAAUGAUAUUUAUUAUUUGGUUGUGAGGAUAAUUAAUUAGGCAGUGCCACCCCAGUAUUUGACUGGUAAAUUUGUUUAUAAAACUCUACAUAACAGAAAGAAAGUAUAGCGGCAGCAGCAACAACAUUAGUAAUAAUAAUAAUUUCUUUUGUUGUCAUCACCACCACUACUGCUGCUGCCGUUGCCACCACCACCACCACCACCACCACCACCGCUGCCGCGGACUUUUUUUUCUCAAUAUUCAAUUUCUGUACAUCCAGUUUCCAACACUUAACUCAUAGUACCGUGGUUGGCCCAGGGCUAUAGCAGAAGACAUUUGCUCAAAAUGAAUUUUUUUUUUUUUUUUUGAGUUUGCUUUAUAUUCUUACAAAAGGUUAAAUUAAAUUUCUUCGCUAAUAUCUAAAAUAUUUAUAUUAAAAAUAAAAUAAAUUUACAAUUAUGUAUCAUUGCAAUUCUAAAAAACAUAUGUUAAAUAACAUGAUUGUGUAUAAUUAAUUAAACUGAUUGUUUGUUAUAAAUGACUUCACAUCAUU